AUGGCAACAACCAUUACAUUUUCUCCUGCUCUGUUUUGGUUUUUCGUUUUCUUCUUCUCUUUCUUAUCUCUCCAAACCAUCUCCCAGCCUGAUCGAGCCCAUCACAUGCGUACCGUCUGCAACAACGAAUCUAGCCAUUUCACUGAAUACAGCUCUUUCUAUUUAAACCGUCGUUCGACCCUCGCGUCUCUCCAAACCAGGUCUUCCGUCCGACCGCCAAUCUAUCUCAGCGUCACCAAGGGUACUGGCCCCGACACAGUCUUUGCCAUGUACCUCUGCAGAGGAGACAUCACCAAAACAACCUGCUCAAUCUGUGUCCGUACUGCAACUUCAGAAAUCAAGGAGAGCUGCACUUAUCAAAAAGAAGGUUUCAUAUUCUAUGAAGAGUGUAUGGUCCGUUACUCGGAUACUUCCUUCUCGGGACUCCUAGAAGGACCUAAGUUUAACGUCAUACUACACUCUCCCAAGAAUUUUUCUAGUACGAUCAGGUUCGGACAAACACUUUCUAGAAAGAUGGACGAAUUUAUUACAAGAACAGUGUCGACGACAUCGUGGCCGAAACCAUAUUUCGUACAGGAUAAAGAACGCUUGACUGAAUCGGGUAGCUCGUAUACAUUAGACACAGUGGUGCAGUGUCGUCCUGACCUUGAUCCAAGCAACUGCGACGCCUGCUAG